UAGUAGCCUGAUGGCCUCUGUGGGCUUCUUUCUAAAUACAAAUGUACAGGCUACUGUUUCAUUUUUUACAGUAAUAUUUUUCUGAAAAUUAAAAAUAUCUAUACCUGACAAAAAUGAAAACUAAUUUGAAGGGUUGUUAUGUAAUAAAUGUCCUUAUAAAACUGGCGCAAAUUGAAUUACGUGUUACUUUUAAAUAUGAAUCAGCAAUCCAGGAAUGAAAUUUGUGUCCUCAGGAAAGCAUUGGAGCUGAGCAGUAUAAAAGAGUGUGGCAUGUGUCCAAAAUUACAGAAUACAGCAGAACUGAGGCAGUAUGAGUUACAAGGUUACAUUACCUUGGCCGGAUGAAUACCCAGGAAAACAAUAAAUAACUCUAAAUGUAUUUCAGCAUUAGGACAAAAGUUGCCUGUGCAACAUCCAGCAGGCUGAGACGACAAUGUACUUAAGUGGGUUUGAGAUCUCAGGAAGGAUGCAGUUUUGCGGUGAAUCUGUAAAUGGCUCCUGCAUAAAGAGCAGCUGGUCAAGCCAUAUCCGUAUUUCCAUGUAUAUCUUCAUGAUGUGCAUCAUCCUGGCCACGUUGGCUGGAAAUCUGACAGUUAUCAUCUCAAUAGCACACUUCAAGCAGCUCCAUACGCCUACAAAUUUCUUGAUCCUUUCCAUGGCCACUGUUGACUUUUUGUUGGGGUGCUUCAUCAUGCCUUACAGCAUGGUGAGGUCUGUGGAGAACUGCUGGUACUUUGGAGAACUCAUCUGCAAAAUCCACACUAGCACAGACAUUAUGCUGAGCACAGCCUCCAUUUUUCAUCUUUCCUUCAUUUCUGUUGAUCGCUACUAUGCCGUGUGUGACCCACUGAGAUACAAAUCUAAGAUAAAUACUUCCAUCAUAGUGGUCAUGAUCGUCAUAAGUUGGACCAUCCCUGCCAUUUUUGCCUUUGGGAUGAUCUUUCUGGAGCUAAACUUAAAAGGAGCAGAAGAGAUUUUCUAUAAUCAUAUCCACUGUGUGGGAGGCUGCUUUGUCUUCUUUAGUGAAACUUCAGGUGUGGUGACCUUCAUGAUUUCCUUCUACAUCCCUGGAUUUGUUAUGUUGUGCAUCUAUGGGAAAAUAUACGUUAUAGCCAAGAGGCAGGCAAGAUCCAUUCAAGAUGCAGCUAGCCAAACGCAGAUGAGAUUUGAAAUGAAGCACCACAUUUCACCAAGUAGAGAAAGGAAAGCUGCAAAGACAUUAGGCAUAGUGAUAGGUGUUUUUCUCAUAUGUUGGUCUCCGUUUUUCUUCUGUACUGUCAUUGACCCCUUUCUGAACUACUCAACACCACCUAUUCUUAUUGAUGCAUUGGUGUGGUUUGGUUACCUGAAUUCUACAUUUAACCCAUUAGUGUAUGCAUUUUUUUACAUGUGGUUUCGCAGAGCAUUAAAACUGAUUCUGUUCGGGAAAGUUUUCAGACAGGACUCUUCCAGGACUCAAUUAUUUUUAGAAUAAUAUACUUAGAAUUUUUGGACUCGCUACAUUUAGCAAUUGAUUGGAGAUUGUGCUUACACAAAUAUCAGCUAAAAGAGGAGAAAAUCAACAGCUGUUUGUUUACCCACUUGUCUAGUUCAGGUUGCAAACUGUGGUACCUUAAACCUUGUCUCAUUACAGACUGGACCUUGCCUCAAAUUAGGCUUUGUACUUUGUUUAUUAUGAUUAAUGAUUUAUUUAGAACUUACAAUUUGCUGAGCUCUCUACAAUACACAAAAGGGAGUUUGCAGUUUAAAAGAACAUUAAAUCACUUUGUCCAGAGAAAUCAUGUAAUUCGGGAUACACUAAGCACUGUUUUCUUUUGGAAGGCCUGUCUCACACUUUUAUAAAGCAAGCACUCAACAGUUCUCAUUACUGAACUGAGGUUUGUAUGAAUCUUCUAAGCAGAGCAACAAAGAGCUUUCCUUUUGGAUUUCCACCGAUGACCUGAAGAUGAAAGAACAUAGCUUUUAUCAUAAAGCUAUUCUCCUUUCAAUAUAUAUUAAUAUUUCUUAAAUGCUAAUUUUAAGAUCCCAAUGUUAAAUGGUAUCAAAACAGUACCAAAGGUAUGUUAACUUUAGCAAACAGAACUCAAAAGCAAAAUUGAACAUCUAGGGACUAGAAUCUGAAAAUCAUUGAAAAUUAUAUUGGCCAGUGUCCUCUACUGGUUGCAAGCAGAUGAAACUAUUCUGUUAUGUAAAACGAACAAUGUAAAAUGUGUAGAGACUAAAUGUUUUAGCUAAAACUUAUUGUUAUUUUAACAAAUGGCAACAAAAAAUACUGAUUAAGACACUUUUUGUUGACUUUUAAAAUACGAUGUUGCUAUGCUAAAAUGAAUAUCAUCCUAAGAAACUGAAACAGAAAUAAUAUCUCAGGCCUGAUUUUGCAAACACUACAAGGAGUAAUACUCAGUACUGGACACAGUCAUUACUGAGCAGUCAGUGGAGCUAGACUCUAUAGUAAGAGCUAUACGCAGUAGUAAAUGAUUACAGUAUCAAGUCCUGUGCUGAUAUGGAUAGGAAAAGUGUGUGCCGUUUGUUGCAUCUUGUUUCAUACUCUGUGUUUUGUACAACACCUAGAAUAAGGAGAAUGCAAGUUGCCUAUUAAUGUUUCACUGGGAAAUUAAAAUGAUGCUACCUUUCAUCAGACCAAAUGAUCAAUACUCCCUGUUGUCUCUUUUAUUCUGUUAUUGUUACGCCGACAUCUUGUAAAUCUAUA